GUUGCCAAGGAACAUAUGUUUGCCAUUGCAGAAUAUCUCGUGAGCCUUGUGAACAGACGCAAGUAGUGUUGCCGGUUCGUGUAAUUUUUCGUGUACUAACGAAGUAAAAUAACACUUGACAACCUUCUGUAGAUACUCUGCCCAGUUCCAUUUCCGCGCGGUGUUAAAUUGUGUAAGUGUACGUGUCAUAAAGGCCAAACACGAGUAAACAAAAACUACCCAACAGCUCGUUCGUUUUGGCAAAGCGAUUGAAGGACAUACGCAUAUCCUGUUCAGUUUGUUUCAGUGUGGACUUUGGUGUUUCACUGGACGACGGUGUCUUCACCCUAGGGUCAGUGUCACAAGUUCUCAAGUUUGAACUUCAUCAAUUACCAACAUGCUGGUGGAUGUACGUCGGAGUAAUACGCUGGUAUUCUUCGUAAAUGGGAAGAAGGUCCUAGAGCCGAAUGUCGACCCAGAAAUGACUUUGCUGACUUUUCUGCGUGAAAAGUUACGAUUAUGCGGGACGAAGAGUGGCUGUGGAGAAGGAGGAUGUGGCGCCUGUACUGUCAUGGCGUCGAAGUAUGACCGAGGACGAGAUGAAGUGAGACACUACUCCAUCGUGGCCUGCCUGAUACCCGUGGCGGCGGUGCACGGGCUGGCGGUGACGACGGUGGAGGGCAUCGGGUCGACGCAGACGCGCCUCCACGCGGUGCAGGAGCGGAUCGCCCGCGCCCACGGCUCCCAGUGCGGCUUCUGCACGCCCGGCAUCGUCAUGUCCAUGUACACGCUGCUCAGGAACCACCCGAAGCCGUCCAUGGAACAGCUCGACGAGUACUUCACAGGGAACCUCUGUCGAUGUACAGGAUACCGACCCAUCUUAGAGGGGUACAGGGGCCUCACCACCGAUGCCUCUGCAGGAGGUGGAUGCGGCAGGAAGGACUGUUGCAAGCUGAGGACUCAAGAAUCUCAGGAAGGUACCACAUCGAAUGAAGUAGCAGAAGGGACUUCAAACGGUGACAUCAGCGAUGUCAGUCGAAUAACUGACAUCUCGCACGUCCUCUACGAUGCAGAGGAUUUCCGACCGUACGACCCAAGCCAAGAGUUGAUUUUUCCGCCGGAACUGAAGACCCAAGAUGAGUGGGACAGCCAGUACCUCGAGUUCAAGGGAGCCCGAGUAUCCUACAUAAGGCCGGUCUCACUCGCCCAACUCCUCGACCUCAAAGCUGAACAUCCAGAGGCUUGCAUUGUGGCAGGAAACACAGAAGUGGGCAUCGAUGUGAAAUUCAAGAACAAGAAUUACCCAGUCCUCCUCAACCCAACCAUCAUACCGGAAUUAACGGUAGUAUCGGUGACGCAAGCGGGCGUGACCUUCGGCUCUUCCGUCACCCUGUCUGACAUCGAGGAGACGUUGCGGGAACAGGUCAACACACAGCCAGAAUACCGCACCCGAGUCUUCUCCGCUAUCUUGGAAAUGCUGCGUUGGUUUGGCGGGAAACAGAUCAGGAAUGUGGCGACUCUAGGUGGGAACAUCAUGACGUCAUCACCAAUCAGUGACCUCAACCCCCUCCUGGCGGCUGCUGGAGCCAAACUGACGGCUCAGAGUAAAGAGAAGGGCGAGCGCGAGGUGGCGAUGGACCAAAACUUCUUUACGGGUUACAGACAAAACGCAGUUCGUCCCGAGGAAAUUCUCGUGGCGGUACACAUCCCCUACACUGAACAGAACGAGUACUUCCUGGGCUACAAGCAGGCCCGGCGGCGCGACGACGACAUCGCCAUCGUGAACGCGGGGAUGCGGGUCGCCUUCCGGAAGGACUCGCUCACCGUCGAGCAGCUCCGCCUGGCCUUCGGCGGGAUGGCGCCCACCACGGUCAUGGCGCUCGCGACCAUGGAGGAACUGGAAGGACGUUGUUGGGAUCCGUCUCUCCUGGAAGCCGGGACGUCACUCCUCCUACAGGAUCUUCCUCUGUCUGCGUCGGCCCCCGGGGGGAUGGUGGAGUAUCGCCGCGCGCUCGCCAUUAGCUUCUUCUUCAAGUUCUACCUGAGUGUCCGAGGACGCCUGAGUGAGCAGUUCCCCUCCCUUGUGGAUCCGCUGACGGAAGCAGAGCAGCAGGCGACAAAGGUUCAUCGUUACAUCCCGCUAAAGGGCACGCAGCUUUUCCAGAGUGUUCCUCCCGGCCAGGCUAGCUGCGACCCCAUCGGCCGACCCAUAACCCACGCCUCGGCCUUCAAGCACGCGACGGGGGAAGCCGUGUAUGUGGACGACAUGCCUCCCCUCAAGGAUGAACUGCAAGCUGCGCCGGUCGUCUCGAGCAGAGCCCACGCCCGGAUCCUCAGCAUCGACGAGGAGGAGGCUCUCAGCAUGGAGGGCGUCGAGGGAUUCUUCUGCUGGAAGGACCUGCCUGAGGAAAGGAAUAGAAUAGGCCCAAUAACAGCGGAUGAGGAGUUGUUUGCCUCCAAGAAAGUGAACUGUGUAGGUCAGCUGAUUGGCCUUGUAGUAGCCAAGGACCGAGCCACAGCACAAAGGGCAGCAAAAGCUGUUAAGAUUCAGUAUGAAGACAUUAAACCUUGCAUUAUAACAAUCCAGGAUGCUAUCAAUGAGCAGUCUUGGUGGACCCCUUUCACCAUCAAGAAGGGGAACAUUGAGGAAGGCUUCAGGUCAUCCCAACACAUCCUUGAGGGCGAGAUGCAUGUGGGAGGACAGGAACACUUCUACUUGGAGACCCACACUCACCUCGCCGUCCCCAAGGGCGAGGACGGAGGUGUGGAAAUGUUCUCAACUACACAAAAUGCAUCUGGGACCCAGAGGCAUGUGGCCGCUGCCUUAGGAGUGCCUUUGAACCUAGUGACAUGUCGCGUUAAGAGAUUGGGAGGAGGCUUUGGGGGAAAGGAGACACGGAACAACAUGUUGUCUGUGCCGAUUGCUAUUGCAGCUGCUGCCCUGAAGCGACCUGUCCGCAUAUCGCUAGACCGAGAAGAAGACAUGCUAAUGACAGGAGGACGCCAUCCUUUCUUGGGUCGCUGGAAAAUAGGAUUCACAGAUGAAGGAAUUUUCAAAGCGAUUCAGAUGGACCUGUAUUCAAAUGGAGGCUGCUCUCUUGACCUUUCUUGCGCCGUCAUUGGCUAUGCAAUGCUUAAUCAUGACAGUGUAUACAGAUGCGAAAACAGACAGGUGACAGGAUAUCCUUGCAAGACCAAUCUACCAUCUAAUACAGCCUUCCGAGCAUUUGGGUCACCACAGGCCAUUAUUAUCACUGAGUACAUGGUUUCCAGGGUGGCAGAAUUCCUUAACAUGGAUCCUGAUGAGGUGCGACUGAAGAACAUGUACGUCUCGGGGGAUGAGACCCACUACAAGCAAACCCUGGAGAGAUGUACGGUCAGGCGCUGCUGGGACGAAGUGGUUUCGCAAGCCGACUACCACACGCGGAGAGAGAUGGUGAGAAAGUUCAACAGCUCAAAUAAGUACACGAAACGGGGAAUCGCCGCCUUGCCCCUCAAGUUCGGCAUCGGCUUCACGGAGCUAUUCCUCAACCAGGCCGGGGCUCUCGUCCACGUGUACACUGACGGCUCUGUCCUCCUGUCUCACGGCGGCACCGAGAUGGGCCAAGGACUUCACACCAAGAUGAUUCAGGUUGCCUCCAGAGUGCUAAAGAUUCCGGUCACAAGAAUCUACAUCGACGAGACCAGCACGGAUAAGGUGCCGAAUACCUCUUCCACGGCAGCCUCUCUCUCCUCCGACCUCUAUGGCAUGGCUGUUCUUAAUGCAUGCAACACCAUCAUGCAACGACUCGAACACUAUAUGGCAAGCAACCCAAAGGGCGGAUGGGACGAGUGGGUGAAGGCUGCUUAUUUCGACCGCGUUUCCCUCUCCGCCACCGGAUUUUACAAAACUCCAGGGAUCUCUGGGUACAACUUCGAAACGAAUGAAGGUCGCCCCUUCAGUUACUUCUGUUUCGGCGCUGCGGUAACGGAGGUGGAGGUGGACUGCCUCACUGGACAUCAUUCGGUCCUCCGCACGGACAUCGUGAUGGACGUCGGCGACUCGCUCAACCCCGCCAUCGACAUCGGGCAGGUGGAGGGCGCCUUCACGCAGGGGCUCGGACUCUACACCUUAGAAGAGCUCCGGUACUCCCCCGAGGGCGUGCUGCUCACCCGUGGCCCCAGCACCUAUAAGAUACCAGGAUUCCAGGACAUCCCUAGAGAGUUUAAUGUUUCACUGCUUCGUGGGGCACCCAACCCAAGGGCAGUCUUUUCCUCAAAGGCUGUAGGAGAACCCCCACUGCUCUUGGCCACCUCCGUUUUCUACGCCAUCAAACAGGCAGUGGCUUCAGCUCGAGCAGAACAAGGCUUCGACCCGGUGUUUCGCCUCGACUCCCCUGCAACGGCUGAGAGAAUUAGGAUGGCUUGCCAAGAUUCCCUUACGCAGAAGGUUGAACCAGUGGUCUUAGACAAUGAGAGGCCGUGGUCAGUAACAGUGUAAUAGAAGUAACUUUUACAGAAACGUAGAAUAU